AUGGGUGUCGCUGGAGUUCCAAGCGGUGUCGAACGAUAUCAGGCUGAUGGCCACAAGUUAUGCUCAACCGUACGAUGGAUUACGACGUUGACACUCGGCUCGCUCGUACCCAUCGGCGAAUACCUCCUCGAUUUGCAGAAGAAUGCAGUUGUGGAAAGGCGUUUUAUCACUCGCAAAGCAGCACCCACAGCAAACACACCAACGAGGGCAAACCUCCGAUGCCUCGGCGGCUACAGCGUCCGUGGUUUUGAUAUAGACAGCGCCAUGACGAGCGCGUUGGCGAUGAUGAUGUUGAAGGGCAAGUCCGUCUUCAAAAGAGAUCUUGAUGACGAUUUUACAUUGGAAUCGCCAUGGGGGGGAAUGGUGGCGUCACGUCUGAUCACUGACACAUCCGAUGCGUUACUCGUCACAACUCCCGCCGCAUUGCACGGCUUGUUGGCAAGUGAGCAGCUAUGUUGGAGGGGAAAGUUGGAGGAGCGAUAG